UGACUGACGCCACUAUAAGAAAUGGGCAGGAAUGUGGUGGAACUGUAACAAUUCGCCACAGCUCCUCCCUCCCCCUUCCGCUCCUUGCAUGCCGAUCGCCUCCAAGCUCCUCUACUUCCAGCGCCGCCCCUCGCCGGCGCCGCCGGACCCGGGCCCCGAGCCGCCCGACCCUCGCCGCCGGGCCAGCCGCGACCCCUCCGCGCGCCAGCGCCGCCGCAGCUCCCUCUCCUCCCACCACAAGCCGGGCCAGGAACCUGUUCCAGGGAACCAAAGAGACUCUACCAAGUCUCUUGGACCAGCUGGAAACACAGCAGAGCAUGUAGCGAUAUCCUCUAUCACAGGACUAAGCCGCAGGGUAUCAGACCAUGGCCGUCUUCCUGACGCCGUGCAACAGGCCAGGGAAAGGCUUCUUCAGAGGCUCAACAGCGUGGACUUGUCAGGAAGAAGGCAAAAGACAUGCCCCUCAGAAACCAUUUGGGCUGAUUUCUCCUCUGACUGCAUCCUGGGCACCCUAACCAACUGCUUCCAGCCCGGCGACUCCAUCGCAGCCAGCAAGGUUGAAGAAGGAGCGACGGAGCCCGUAGGCAGUAACGCUGAUGAGCGUACGCCCAUCUCACCGUUCUCGGAACCCAUCCCUGAGAUUCAACACUCGGUCUGCAACGGAGCAGCAGAGGAAGGCGAUGACCGCACCUGUGAACCUCCAGCUGAGUGCUCCAUAUGCCUGGAGCGGUGCGGCGGCGCGGACGACGGGCUCACCCAGCUGCGCUGCAGGCACGUCUUCCACUCGGCGUGCCUGGAGCGGUGGUUGCGGUCCCGCGGCUGCUGCCCCUAUUGCCGGGCCACUGUGGCCCGCUCCUAACAGCAGGAUGCAGAAACUGAACGAGAAUGACCAUGAGUCCAACGGCGCAGAUUACAGAACCUCCCAUGUCCCCUCUAAGCUUUAACAAUUUCCCUGCUUAGUGCUUACCCCCUUUUACUGUUACUACUGCACUUUUCCAUUAGUCGUUGAGGGCUUGAGGCUCUAGGAGGCCGAACUAUUCACCCUUGUGCGGCUCAGCAUUUACAGUAGACUAGUGUCUUUUCAUGUGUAGAUCUUGCCCUGUAAACGCACUGUGUCAGAGUAACUGGAUGGUUGCAUCUGGCAUCUGCGCAUAGCAUGAUAGGAGCUGGUGUUGCAUCACCCUACUCCAUGGAACUUGUGUCGUGUGUGCUCCACUCUCACUGCAAGCUGUUGCUUGGUGCAGCCGUUUCUGUUCUGUUUCUUUUGUACACCUGCAAGUGGAUCUAGAAUCUCGUUCAGUUC